GGCGUUUAGAUCUGAACAGGGGCGGGGACCAGGAUGUGUGCAUCACGUGAGCAUCUCAAAGCUGGAAGACUUUGACUUGGCACAUAGAUACUUCAAUCUAAUACCUCGACCAGCGGUAACACAGUAUACACGAGCGAUGGCUUUCGACGAUCCAAGACUCAAGUAUCUCCGGGAAGCAGCACGUAUACUCGCUGUCUCAUCGCCGGCAGUAUCCGCAGAGCUGGGAGCAACCAGAAUCAGGCUGCUUGAAGAACGAGAUGCUGACCUCGAAGCAACACCGAAGGAGCGGGAUGCACUCCGCCGGGAACUCUGCGUUGCCUGUGGAAAUCUGCUGCUUCCUGGUUGGUCAUGUAGUGUCGCGCAUGAGAGUCGCUCCAGGAAUCCUAUCAAGAAGAAGGAAGGGGACGCGAUGGAGAUGAAGCCCAGAUGCGAGAGCGACCUGGUCUAUACAUGCCUCAGAUGCCACCGGAGAACCGAAAAACAGCUUCCACUUCCACCACCAAGGCGAACUCAAAUAGCAGGUCGUCCCUCGAGAAUCAGCAAACCAGCGCCCAUGGCCCAGUCAGACGGUGCGGACAGGAACAAAGGCAUCAAGACGGCCAACGCAAGCAGUAAGCAGCGAGCCAAGGCUCGGAAAGGCGGCUUGCAGGCUAUGCUUGCAAAGAGCAAGAGCCAAAACUCGACCUCCCAGGGACUGGACCUGAUGGAUUUCAUGCAAUAGCUGAUCGUGGUUAUCAUCAGAUUAGAUGGUAAGGCUGAGGUGAAGGGGUCGGGUGUUGGUGACGCCUAGAGGCCGCUAGAAGCAACGCGAACCCCGCCAACCACUGCGGGGCAAAUCUUUCGCAUUGCCUCAAAAAACACCCGUGGACCUGAACUCGCCGCAAUUUUCAAAGAAAACCAACAAACACUCCAGUCAGCACGCACCAUAUACAGGAACCGAUUUGGAAUAUCUUCAAUAUGGCGCAGCAGCACAAGAGUCUUGCCGAAGACCUUUUCGAGGACAUGGGCCGCAAGGUUGCCGAGGCGAGCGCAAUGGAAGCAGAUGAGGAUGGCAACAAGGUUGUCGAUGAGAUUGAGAGCUUGUGCAUGAACUGUCACGAGCAGGUAGGUACC